AUGGAUUCAAUAUCUUGUGGUGAAAUUCUCUCGGCCUCUCAGUCGAUUCGCUCAUCCAUUUUCUUUUUGCGCUCUGUUUUUUUCCCUUUUUCUCUUCUUUACUUAUUUAUUCUUCCUAAUUUUCUAUUUUCAAUUUUCUUUUUCAUUUCUUUUUUUUUAUUUCUUCUUUUUUUUAUUUUUUCUGUCCCCAACAUUCUAUAUUUUCUUUUUUUUUUUUCAUUUCUUCUUCUUUUCGCUAAUUCUCUCCCUCAUUUCAUAUAUUUCCUUUUCUUUUUCAGUUUUUUUAAAAAUUUUUCUAUUCUUUUUUGUUUAUUUUCUCUUCUUUCCUCGACAUUCGAUAUUUUUCUUUUUCUUUUUUCUUUUUCAUUUCUUCUUCUUUUCGCUAAUUCUCUCCCUCAUUUCAUAUAUUUCCUUUUCUUUUUCAGUUUUUUAAAAAAAUUUUCUAUUCCUUUUUGUUUAUUUUCUCUUCUUUCCUCGACAUUCGAUAUUUUUCUUUUUUCUUUUUCAUUUCUUCUUCUUUUCGCUAAUUCUCUCCCCGCCACAACAUUUCAUAUUUUCCUUUUUCAAUUUCAAUUUUUCUAUCAAACUAUUUUUUCUUCUUUUCUUCUUUCACAUAAUCGCUCCUCUAUUUCUUUUUCUUUUCUGCUUAUCCUCUCUUUCUCCUUCACAUUCUCUACUCGUCAGUUUUCUUUUUCACUUUUCUCUGCUAAUAUAUAUCUAUCUAUCUAUCUAUCUAUCUAUCUAUCUAUCUAUCUCAGUCUGGUAAUAUCUAUCUAUCUAUCUAUCUAUCUAUCUAUCUAUCUAUCUAUCUAUCUAUCUAUCUAUCUAUCUCAGUCUGCUAAUAUCUAUCUAUCUAUCUAUCUAUCUAUCUAUCUAUCUAUCUAUCUAUCUAUCACAUUCUGUAACCUUGAUCUGAUGAUCGUAUUCAAACAUGCAACUGAGAGUCAACAUGUACACUAUCUAUCUAUCUAUCUAUCUAUCUAUCUAUCUAUCUAUAAGAUUCUAUUCAUAUCUAUCUAUCUAUCUAUCUAUCUAUCUAUCUAUCUAUCUAUCUACCUACCUACCUACACAGUUUGUUCAUAUCUAUCUAUCUAUCUAUCUAUAUAUCUAUCUAUCUAUCUAUCACAGUUUUUUCAUAUCUAUCUCAGUUUGUUCAUAUCUAUCUAUCUAUCUAUCUAUCUAUCUAUCUAUCUAUCUAUCUAUCUUAGUCUAUUCAUAUCUUUCUAUUCCAAUUUCUUCGUAUCUAUCUAUCUAUCUAUCUAUCUAUCUAUCUAUCAGUUUUUCAUAUCUAUCUCAGUUUAUUCAUUAUCUAUCUAUCUAUCUAUCUAUCUAUCUAUCUUAGUCUAUUCAUAUAUUUCUAUUCCAAUUUGUUCGUAUCUAUCUAUCUAUCUAUCUAUCUAUCUAUCUAUCUAUCUAUCUAUCUAUAUCGAUCUUUCUUUCUUUCUUUCUUUCUUUCUUUCUCAGUCUGUUCAGAACCUAUCUAUCUAUCUAUCUAUCUAUCUAUCUAUCUAUCUAUCUAUCUAUCUAUCUAUCUCGCUCACAUAUAUUUUAUCUGUUCAGAAUCUAUCUAUCUAUCUAUCUAUCUAUCUAUCUAUCUAUCUAUCUAUCUAUUUCAGUUUAUUUCUAUCUAUCUAUCUAUCUAUCUAUCUAUCUAUCUAUUUCAUCUAUCUAUUUCUAGUCUAUUUCUAUCUAUCUAUCUAUCUAUCUAUCUAUCUAUCUCAGUCCCUUCGUAUCUAUCUAUCUAUCUAUCUAUCUAUCUAUCUAUCUAUCUAUCUAUCUCAGUCUCUUCCUAUCUAUCUAUCUAUCUAUCUAUCUAUCUAUCUAUCUAUCUAUCUAUCUAUUUCAGUCUCUUCGUAUCUAUCUAUCUAA